AUGUCCGUUCCGUUAUUACAACCUUCUUUUUUGAUGUCAAAGACCAGAAGCUACGCGCAAAUUCUCAUUGGGUCUUGGUUGUUCUUAACAGCGAUGGCUAUUCAUUUAAGUCUUGGGGUAGCACCGCUAGAUCUUCAACAAGGUGAAAAUUCUCGUAUUCUCUAUGUACAUGUUCCUGCGGCUCGGAUGAGUAUUAUUGUUUAUAUCGCCACGGCUAUAAACACUUUCUUGUUCCUAUUAACAAAACAUCCCCUUUAUCUUCGCUCUUCCGGAACCGGUAUAGAAAUGGGUGCUUUUUUUACGUUGUUUACCUUAGUUACUGGGGGGUUUCGGGGAAAACCAAUGUGGGGAACCUUUUGGGUGUGGGAUGCUCGUUUGACCUCUGUAUUCAUCUCGUUUCUUAUUUACCUGGGUGCACUGCGUUUUCAAAAGCUUCCUGUCGAACCGGCUUCUAUUUCAAUUCGUGCUGGACCGAUAGAUAUACCAAUAAUAAAGUCUUCAGUCAACUGGUGGAAUACAUCGCAUCAACCUGCGAGCAUUAGCCGAUCUGAUACAUCAAUACAUGUUCCUAUGCCCAUUCCAAUCUUGUCUAACUUUGCUAACUUCCCCUUCUCAACCCGUAUCUUGUUUGUUCUGGAAACACGUCUUCCUAUUCCAUCUUUUCUCGAAUCUCCUAUAACGGAAGAAAUUGAAGCUCGAGAAGGAAUACCAAAACCUAGUUCACUCGCUUGCAUCCAUGGCUGA